UCGCUCUCGCGCGCUCAUGCUCUUUCCUCGCGCUAGCGUGUCCCCCUCGGGCUGCCGUAGCCGCUGCCGCUGGGGGGCCGGAGGACGGAGCCGGCUGAGGGGGCCGGAGCGUGCUGGAGGCAAGGCCAGGCCGCAGCCUCCCCCCCAACCCUGAUGCGAGCGGGACCCGGAGCCUGGGCCCAGGGUGUGGGGAGAUGAAGAAGGACGUGAGGAUCCUGCUGGUGGGAGAACCCAGAGUUGGAAAGACAUCACUCAUUAUGUCUCUUGUCAGUGAAGAAUUUCCAGAAGAGGUUCCUCCACGUGCAGAAGAAAUCACCAUCCCAGCUGAUGUCACCCCUGAAAGAGUGCCAACGCACAUAGUGGAUUAUUCAGAAGCAGAGCAAAGUGAUGAGCAGCUUCACCAUGAAAUAUCACAGGCUAAUGUAAUUUGCAUAGUAUAUGCUGUUAACAACAAGAAUUCUAUUGACAAGGUAACAAGCAGAUGGAUUCCUCUCAUCAAUGAAAGAACAGACAAAGAUAGCAGGCUUCCUCUUAUAUUGGUUGGAAACAAAUCUGAUCUAGUGGAAUAUAGCAGUAUGGAGACCAUCCUUCCCAUUAUGAACCAAUACACAGAGAUAGAAACUUGCGUAGAGUGUUCAGCCAAAAACUUGAAGAAUAUAUCUGAGCUAUUCUAUUAUGCACAGAAAGCUGUUUUACAUCCCACAGGGCCUCUCUAUUGUCCAGAGGAAAAAGAGAUGAAACCUGCCUGUAUAAAAGCUCUGACUCGCAUCUUCAGAAUCUCUGAUCAGGAUAAUGAUGGCACUCUCAGUGAUGCAGAGCUCAACUUCUUUCAGAGAAUUUGUUUUAAUACUCCACUAGCGCCUCAAGCAUUGGAAGAUGUAAAGAAUGUAGUCAGAAAAAAUCUAAGUGAUGGAGUUGCUGAUAAUGGAUUAACGUUAAAAGGUUUUCUUUUUCUACAUACGCUUUUUAUUCAGCGAGGAAGACAUGAAACUACUUGGACAGUAUUACGCCGCUUUGGAUAUGAUGAUGACCUAGAGCUCACACCAGAGUAUUUGUUUCCUCCGCUAAAAAUUCCUUCUGACUGCACAACAGAAUUGAAUCACCAUGUGUAUUUGUUUCUCCAAAGCACUUUUGAUAAGCAUGAUUUGGAUAGAGAUUGUGCUUUGUCCCCUGAUGAACUCAAAGAUUUGUUCAAAGUCUUCCCUUAUAUACCAUGGGGACCUGAUGUCAACAACACUGUUUGUACAAAUGAAAGGGGAUGGAUAACAUACCAGGGGUUUCUUUCUCAGUGGACACUAACUACAUAUUUAGAUGUACAGCGCUGCCUGGAGUACUUGGGCUAUUUAGGCUAUUCAAUACUCACAGAGCAAGAGUCUCAAGCAUCAGCAAUUACAGUAACUAGAGAUAAAAAGAUAGACCUCCAGAAAAAGCAGACUCAAAGGAAUGUGUUCAGAUGUAAUGUUAUUGGGAUGAAAGGCUGUGGGAAAAGUGGUGUUCUACAGGCACUUCUUGGAAGAAAUCUAAUGAGACAGAGGCAAAUACGCGCAGAGCACAAAUCUUACUAUGCGAUGAAUACAGUCUAUGUAUAUGGGCAAGAAAAAUACUUGCUGCUACAUGAUGUUAAUGAAUCUGAAUUUUUAAGUGAUGCUGAGACCAUAUGUGAUGCUGUUUGCUUAGUGUAUGAUGUCACUAAUCCUAAAUCCUUUGAAUACUGUGCUAGGAUUUUUAAGCAACACUUCGUGGACAGCAGAAUACCUUGCUUAGUGGUAGCUGCAAAGUCAGACCUACAUGAAGUUAAACAAGAAUAUAGCAUUUCCCCUGCUGACUUCUGCAAGAAACACAAAAUGCCUCCACCACAAGCCUUUACUUGUAACACUGUUGAUAUACCGAGUAAGGAUAUCUUUGUUAAACUGACAACAAUGGCCAUGUAUCCCCAUGCCCGAUUACGCUGUAUGUGCGCCUGCAACAGGUGUACAUUUUGCAUCUGUCAGAACUUCCUCAACUCAGACUUGCUGCAAUCUGUAAAGAACAAACUCUUCACUGCAGUUCUUAACAGGUCCUUAACUUUAUUUACUAGGUUAAGACUCCAUAUAGAUGAGUUGGGUGCCAUGCUGUUAGCAGACGAGGAGAGCAGUAUUAUUCAUCAGGUGCACGCCGUCAGCUCUGUGGAAGAUUCCAUCUUCAUGGAGUCAUCUCUUGAUCCACAUAUACUUGAAGACAGGCAUGUGACACAAGCAGACCUCAAAAGUUCCACAUUUUGGCUUCGAGCGAGUUUUGGUGCUACAGUCUUUGCAGUUUUGGGUUUUGCCAUGUACAGAGCAUUAUUAAAGCAGCGAUGAUCUGAAAAGCAGUACCUGGCCCCUACCAAAUAAAAAUAAAUUAUGUAUAUUCUGAAUGCUUUAAAUUCUGCUAGAAAUAUUUAUAUAUGCAGAGUUACUUUAUUAAUAUUUGUAAUUCGUGCAUAAGAUUCUUUUAAAUGAAAGCUAUAACUACAGUAUUGCAUAAUGUGUGGAAAAAAUUGCAUCGUAACAGCCAACUAAAAUGGCCUAAUUUGUGAGGCCAAAAGGGAAUGUUGUAAAUAAACUGUAUAUAUUAAGGCAGUAAGACGUUGCUUCCCAAAAAGUUAUUAGAAAUACUGUUCUUGGAUGUUUCAGCAUAGUGAGAGUGUAUAAUUGGAAUUCAUUUUCAAUAGAAUAGGUUCAACUCAAGGAUCAUACUUGCUCAAGGAUGACUUAUUUAUUUCAUAUGGAUUUGAAGUUCUUUUUUGGGACUACCAGCUAUACAAGGCAGAACAUGUGGCUGGCUUUCUUUUUCUUUUUUAACUGAAGAGCCAGCCAGUUUACCCACUGAGCUAUAUUUUAAGGAAAAAGUCACUGUGGCAGAUGUGGCCUAAUGAUUUUGUAUGUUACAUGACCUGUGACAUGUUUAACUGUCUGAGAUUCCUCUUUUAAAAGAAAAAAGUAAACUUUAAAAACUGCCAGACAGACUUCAUAUGCUUUGUGUAAUUCUGUGUUGCUUCACUUUCCACUAUGUUUUAUAGCCCUUUCAAAUCCGAUGGAAAACAAUUUGUAUAUUAUAAAUGUUUAUAAUUCAAAAAGUGUUGCUGUUUAAUUCCUCACUAUAAAUCAUUCUUGUAAAAGCUGUGUAUGGGGUAGAACUAACAUAGUACACAGUGCUUACUCUACUUAGUGUGUAUUAGUUGCAUGGUUCACAGUGGGUUAUAUACCUGGUUAGAAUUACCUUUAGACAGCACCUUUUUUAAUGGAUCAAGUAAUCUAAUGAAUAGAAAAUCCUCAUGACAAACCUAUUUUUUCCAUUGCCGUCCUUUUCAAGUAUUUCAAUAAAUAACUGUGUACUGUG